UUUCUCCACUCUGCUCUCAAAAAGGAUUCAACUUCAGCUCAAGCUCGGCGGGUCCACCUCAAUUUUCUCCAGUCUGAGAUCUCAUCUUGAAGCAACUUACCUUCUGUCUACAGUAUGGAGGUGGACCCGAAAGUAUCAUCCGUCGAGGAAGUCGAUCCGGAAAAAGUUACCAUUCUAGCAGGUGCGACACAUUGCGCCGCGACGUUCUGUCUCAAAGACGAGGACCACACUCUUGGAAAUUCUCUACGGUACAUAAUCAUGAAAAACCCAGAUGUCGAAUUCUGUGGAUAUUCGCUCCCCCACCCGUCUGAACCUAAGCUGAAUCUGCGAAUCCAGAUGUAUGAUAAUAAGUCGGCCGUUCAAGCCUUGAUGAAGGGGUUAGCCGACCUUGAAGAUUUGACCAUGACUGUCAUGACGCGCUACAAAGAAGAGCUUGCGAAAGGAACCUACGUGUCCUACGAAGAGCCGACUGUCGCAGAACGACUGGAAGAAAUCAAGAGGAAAAAAUACCCACACCUUCUCAGCGGAUCGCCGAUGGAGGAAUGAAGCUAUCGUACUUGAAAUGAUCAAAUCAACCAACAUUGCAUCACAAGAUUUCUGAAAAUAUAUCCAGCUAAGACCAUCAUUCAAUUCAGCGUUCUACGACUUCUUCAACGUACUCCAUUCUCCGCCAUGUACACGUUGUGGAAAGUACAUUAUUGUAAAAAUGUAGUUUAGUCCCUCUCCCAGGGUUGAGUGGGUCUUCCCAUCGUCGGCUUCUAAACGGACCGCGACGCGUUACCAGAUGUGGCUAGUUCUUUCAAUCAAGCGAGCCGUACCAUCCAAGCUCAACGAAACAGCCAUACGCAUGAUCUGACCGCUUUCAUCGGCACAGCAAUGCAGCCAGUGUCGUGUGGAAAAUUUUUGUCUACAGUUGAAACACUUUUUUUCAGCAUACUACAAAUUCUGCGAAACUAGGUGGAAAUGACAAUGUAUGAUCUUUAAUCACCUCACUCACUUGACAGGUAUCAUAUCUUAUUUGAUGUUUGACAUGAAAUGUUGGCAUGAGCAAGCUAUCCCAAACAUUUUCCACGUU